AUGUCUACUCCUCCUGCACGCCGGUGGUAUCACUGGUUCGCGCCGACUGAUACCCCGGAAGAACGAAAGCUGAUCCUGAAGCUUGACUUUCUCAUUGUGCCCUACGCUUUCAUCAUCUACUGGGUCAAGUACAUUGACCAGAUCAACAUCAACAAUGCGUAUGUGUCGGGAAUGGCCGACGAGCUCGGCUUCCACGGCAACGAGCUCGUCCAGUUUCAGACCAUCUUCGUCGUGGGCAACGUAGUCGGCCUCCUCCCCUUCAUCUACCUGUUCCCACGAGUGCCGAUGCAUGUGCUCGUCCCGACUCUGGAUCUUGGAUGGGGACUCUUCACCCUUCUCCAGUACCGCGCCAACUCCUACGCCGAGAUCAUGGCGUACCGGUUCAUGGUGGCCAUCUUUGAGGCUUCGUACUUCCCGGGCGUCCACUUCGUGCUCGGCUCCUGGUACCGAAGCGACGAGAUUGGCCGCCGGGGCGGCAUCUUCUACAUCGGCCUCACCCUCGGCACCCUCACCGCGUCCCUCCUGCAGGCCGCCGCCGUCACGUACCUCGACGGCACCCACGGCCUGGCCGGCUGGCGCUGGCUCUUCAUCAUCAACGCCGUCAUCACGCUCCCGCUCGCCCUCGUCGGCUAUUUCGUCUGGCCGGGGACGCCCUCGAAGCCCAACAGGCUGCUGAUGACGGAAGCGGAGCUCGCUCUGGCGCGCUCGCGCCUCGAGGAGGCCGGCGCGUCGACGCGGAGCACGCCCUUCUCGCUCGCGUUGCUGCGGCGCAUCUUCACCAACUGGCGGUUCUACCUGCUCAUCCUCUGGGACAUCUUCUUCUUCAACACGAGCGCCAACAGCGCCGCGUUCCUCCUCUGGAUCAAGAGCCUCGGCCGCUACAGCACGGCCGAGAUGAACAACCUCGCGGCGCUGAGCCCCGGCCUCGGCAUCUUUUUCGUGCUCUUCAUCAACUUCAGCGCCGACCUCUGGAUCGGCCGCCCGGCGGCCAUCACGCUGGCGUCGGCGGUCAACCUCUCGGGCCUCGUCAUCCUGGCCGUGUGGAACGUGCCGGAGGCUGCCAAGUGGUACGCCUUCAGCACGACGUACUCGGCCGUCGCGGUGUCGUCGGUGCUGUACGGAUGGGCCAACAUCAUCCUCAAGCACAACAUCGAGGAGCGGGCGCUGACGCUGAUUCUCAUGACGGCCAUCGCCACCUCGACGAACGCGUGGGUCCCGUUGUUCGUGUACCCGACCGUCGAGGCCCCGCGGUUUCCCAAGGGCUACGUCUACUCGGCCGUCAUGGUCAUGCUGCUGGUCAUCACGACGCAGGUUGUGAGGGUUCUGCUUGGAUCUCACGGGGAGAAACGUAUACGCAAGUCCCAGGACUCGCUGGCCGCCGAGGAUGCCGCCAGCGAAUCUGUCGAGGGCCAGUCGUCAUCGGCUUACGAGAUCCCCGACCGGAAAGGGCUGGCACCGCGAGUCUCUGCUGUUUGA